CGUGCUGUUUACAUCGUACAAACUUUGUCAAAAUGUUUAGAUCCGAUUUGAAAAAGCUUGAGCGUAAUUCCUAUAAAUUUAAAAGAGAAGUGACUGAGCGCUCUAAGAAUUGGGGCAAACAAAAGUUUAAGCCAAAACCAUUUGGACACGCAGCACCAGCGCCCAUUGAACAGGAGGCCAAACCAUGGCAUCAUGUGAAAAACGAAAUUCUAGAUGAUGAACGAACUACCGGUCGCUUUGAUAUGCAUAGCCAGAACGCUAAAGAAAUGGUAAAGCAACGGGAGCAAAAUUACCGUCGCAAUAUAAUCGAAACAGGUCGUAGCGAAAAGCCCAAAUGGGAAUCGUUCGACGACAACGAAACGACGACCAAGACGCUUAAUACUGCCGACAGAAUAAUGCAAGAUCCCAAAAAUUUGUCCUUUAAAGAACGCAAUUUCUUGCGUAGGAAAUUAACAAAAGCCGUGAUGAACGAGAAAACGUCCAGUCUAAAAAACGCCAUAGAGGACCUACAACAUAAUUCAAGACUUGUAAGGUCGACAAAUAAAUUUAGAAAGUAAUCGAAAAUUGUAUGAAAAAGUUUUGUUUGAAAUGAGAAAAAUUGUACAAUACACAACAUAAGUACACUACACACUUUAUAUAAAUCAUCUUAAAAAUUAGAAAGGAGUAUAAUGUGAAAUGGGGUCUGCAAAAUAAAUAUAUAUAUGUAUGUAAACUAA